CACCGCCAUGCCGGCCGUCGACGGAGGAUGGACGACGAGAGCCUCAAGCGCAGACAGACCGGCGAGGACGUCAGCAUGAACGCCAUGGGCCGGCUGUACGCCAAGAUCAUCGGCUUCUCAGUCAUCACGCGGUACAUGGUUUACGUCGUCCCCGUCGGCAUCUUGCUGGCAGUCCCUCUGAUUGUGCUUCCCCUCACCGGCCACAAGAACGACAUCCGCCUCGGCACCAACGACGGCGCCCACGGCCCGCCUCUGUUCUACCUCUUUCUCUGGAUUCAAAUCUCCUGGCUGUCCCUCUGGGGCGUCAAGAUGGCCGUCUGGUUCCUCCCCCACGUCUUCAUGUUCUUCUGCGGCAUCGUCAGCGCCGGCACUCGCAAGUACGCCACCGUCCUGAGCAACCUGACCAUUGUCAUCUCCAUCUUCUUCUGGGGCCUGGCCUCGUGGCUCACUUUCAAGAGCAUCUUUGCCCAGGCCUACUCUGAUGGAAUUACCUGGGUCGUCAACCUGGAGCGUGUGCUCGGUGCCUCCUUUGUGUCCUCUGCCAUCCUUCUUGGCGAAAAGGCCGUUGUCCAGCUUAUUGGUGUGUCGUAUCAUCAGCGAUCCUUUGACAACCGCAUCAAAGACUCCAAGAGGGAAAUCCACCUCCUGGGUCUCUUGUAUGACGCCUCUCGAACACUCUUUCCCAUGUACUGCCCUGAAUUUGCCGAAGAAGAUUAUAUCAUUGAAGAUAGUAUCGAGAUGAUGCUCCGACGCAAAGCUGGCAAGUCUGCCGUGGGUGGUGUUGCUCCUGCGAGGAUCAUUGGCGACGUCAGCCGGUUUGGUGACAAGGUGACAUCCGUCUUUGGCAACCUUGCCAGUGAAAUCACGGGCAAGCACGUCUUCAACCCCAACUCGGCCCACUCCAUUGUCAUUGAAGCCCUGGAGAAGAAGCGAUCCUCCGAAGCCCUGGCUAGACGUCUCUGGAUGUCCUUUGUCAUCGAGGGCCGGGACGCGCUCUACCCCGACGACGUGGAAGAGGUUCUUGGACCGGCUUACAAGGUAGAGGCCGAAGAGGCCUUUGAGGCCAUUGACACUGACGCCAACGGAGACAUUAGUCUCGAGGAGAUGCUGCGUAAAGUUGUGGAGAUGGGCAAGGAGCGAAAGGCUAUUGCCGAAGGCAUGAAGGACAUUGGUCAGGCCCUAACAGCAUUUGAUAAGGUCUUGCUGUUCGUAGUGUUACUGAUCACUGUUUUCAUCUUCCUGUCCUUCUUCAACAGUAGCCUUUUGACAACCAUUGCCACCGCUGGAACCGCUCUUUUAUCUCUUUCCUUUGUCUUUGCCGUUACCACUCAAGAGUUCCUUGGUUCCUGCAUCUUUCUUUUCGUCAAACACCCCUACGAUGUCGGUGAUCGUAUCGAGAUUUCCGGCACGCAGAUGCUUGUCGACCGCAUUUCCCUCCUGUACACCGUUUUCACGCGCACCGAUAGGAUGCAGGUGUCCCAGGUUCCCAACAUUGUAUUGAACAACCUCUGGAUCGACAACGUUACCCGAAGCAAGGCCAUGUCGGAGAGCUUCACCGUCGACGUCUCUUUUGACACCUCGUUUGAAGACAUUGAGCUGCUUCGCGUGGAGAUGGAGAACUUUGUCCGCGCGCCCGAGAACGCUCGAGACUUCCAUCCCGACUUCAGCAUUGGCGUUGGCGGUGUCAAUAACCUUGACAAGUUGACUCUCAAACUCGUCAUCAAGCACAAGUCCAACUGGCACAACGACCGCGUCCGGGCCACUCGCCGCUCCAAGUUCAUGUGUGCUCUGGCCAUUGCUAUGAAGAAGGUUCCCAUCCUUGCUCCUGGCGGCGGUGGCGAGGCUCUCGGCGGACCCACCAACCCUUCUUACUCUGUGGCCGUGACCGAUACCUGGGCUGCUGAGAGUCGAGACAAGGCAGCCAAGGCAACUGAUGCCGGACGCAUGGCACCGACAAUGCACCAGACCCCAGAGGAGCAGAUGGAAUCGGAGAAGAACGCAGCCUCUGCACUCAAUGCAAACCGAAACCUUGCCGUGGAAACCAUGGGUGUAUGGGAUUCUGAUAACCGCUCAAUCGCAUCUAGAGACCCAGGCGACCAG